AUCUUAUUAAUAAUUUGAUUUGAUAUAUAUAUUCUAUUUAUCACUUCCUUUCUUCUUCAUCAUAGCUGUUUCCAUCCAAAGCCAUAUUCACGCACCCUUUUUCUUCCCUCUCUUCCUUUCGACGUUCAAUUCAAUUCAACCAUCGUGGGAUUGCAACAACAAUUCAUUCGUCAAGUUCAAGCCUUUCUGCACUUUUGAUCGAUUUCAACAAAUUUCUUCAUUUGGGUUAUCGUGAUUGUUCGCUGUUGCUGAUUUAGGGUUUUCAAAAUUGAGAAUCCCCAAUUUGAAUUUCUGUACUUUUUGUUCUUAUUAUCUAUGAAAUUUUUUUGGGUGGUUUUGUAAUUUUACAUCCUUUGUUGUUUUUGUUUAAAGUUCAUUGCUUUGAACAUUUUUGCCCUAAUUACUGUGUACAAUCAACAAUUAUCAUCACAUUGUUAAAUUGUGUUUUUUCUUUUUUUUUUUUUUGCCGUUUUAUUUUAUGUUUUGAUUUGAUUUUAUUGAGAAAAAUCUGAAAAAAAAAGAAUCAGUAACUGAUAAAAAAUCUCACUGCAACCCUAUCAUUGAAACAAAAAAAAUAUCAUACUAUAAUUAGAAAAAAAAGGAAAAAAACAAGAAAAAAAAUUGUAUCAAUUUGUUGAUGGGGAUCCCUGGAUUGAGCAAUCAGAAUAAUGGGAAGCAAUGGUUAGGCAUAACUGAGCCUAUUUCAUUGGCUGGACCAACUGAGGAAGAUGUUGUCAAGUCUCAAGAACUUGAAAAGUAUUUGCAAGGUGCUGGAUUGUACGAGAGUCAGCAUGAAGCGGUUGGUAGGGAGGAAGUUCUUGGCAGACUAGACCAGAUUGUGAAGAUUUGGGUUAAAACAAUUAGCCGGGCGAAGGGAUUCAAUGAACAACUGGUGCACGAAGCAAAUGCCAAGAUUUUUACUUUUGGCUCAUAUCGGCUAGGGGUGCAUGGCCCUGGAGCUGAUAUAGAUACUCUUUGUGUAGGACCUAGACAUGCAACCAGAGAAGAAGAUUUCUUCGGUGAGUUGCGUAAGAUGCUAUCUGAGAUGGAGGAAGUAACUGAGUUGCACCCUGUGCCUGAUGCUCAUGUCCCUGUCAUGAAAUUCAAGUUCAAUGGAAUUUCUGUAGAUCUCUUGUAUGCAAGAUUGGCAUUGUGGGUUAUUCCCGAAGACUUAGAUAUAUCGCAGGAAUCAAUAUUACAAAAUGCGGAUGAACAAACUGUUCUCAGUCUCAAUGGGUGUAGAGUAACUGAUCAAGUCCUGCGUUUAGUUCCAAAUAUUCAGAAUUUUCGCACGACAUUGAGAUGCAUGAGGUUUUGGGCAAAGCGCCGUGGUGUUUAUUCUAAUGUUGCUGGUUUUCUUGGUGGUAUCAACUUGGCAUUGCUUGUUGGUCGAAUAUGCCAGCUUUAUCCUAAUGCACUACCUAAUAUGUUGGUGUCUCGUUUCUUUAGAGUAUAUACUCAGUGGCGAUGGCCGAAUCCAGUCAUGCUUUGUGCUAUUGAAGAAGGAUCUCUUGGACUUUCAGUUUGGGAUCCUAGAAGAAAUCCCAAGGAUAGAUAUCAUCUAAUGCCUAUAAUUACUCCUGCUUAUCCGUGCAUGAACUCUACUUACAAUGUGACGUUAAGUACACUCCGUAUAAUGUCGGAGGAGUUUAAGAGGGGAAGUGAAAUAUGUGAGGCUAUGGAGGCUAGUAAGGCUGAUUGGGAUACACUUUUUGAGCCUUAUCCCUUUUUUGAAGCCUACAAGAAUUACCUUCAGAUAGACAUUACAGCAGAGAACGCAGACGACCUUAGACAAUGGAAAGGAUGGGUUGAGUCUCGUCUCCGCCAGUUGACAUUAAAGAUUGAGAGGUACACUUAUGGUAUGCUUCAGUGUCAUCCAUAUCCUGGCGAAUUUUCAGACAAAUCUCGAACCUUCCACCAAUGUUACUUUAUGGGUCUGCAACGUAAGCAAGGAGUUCCUGUAAACGAAGGUGAACAAUUUGAUAUAAGACUAACCGUAGAAGAAUUCAAGCAUUCUGUCAACGCGUACACUCUAUGGAAACCUGGAAUGGACAUCCACGUCUCCCAUGUGAAACGCCGUAAUAUACCAAACUUCAUAUUUCCCGGCGGGGUUCGACCUUUGUUGCCAUCUAAAGCAACCGGUGAGAAUAGACAAAGUUCCAAAUCAAGGGUUUCUGGCCACAGUCAAGCUGAAAAAUCUCAAGGAGGUAAAGCGGCAACAAAUGAAGCAAGGAAGAGAAAACGAUCGGAGGAAAACGUGGAAAAUAAUAACUCGAAGAUUUCAAAGUCUUUUGUAUCGUUAUCCCCUCCCAACAAGGAAGUUCAUGAAGAUAUAACUCCUAUCAUCAGUGUUACUAGCUCUUGUUCGAUGAAAUUCGAUGACUCUGAAGUCAACAGUAUCAGUGCACAAAAGAGUGAGAAACCUUGUCUGAAAUUGGUUGGGGAGAUUCCUUCAGGUGAUAGUCAAGCCUAUGGAUCAGUGAUGGGAAACCAACAACUUACUGCUCCUGAUGCGUCGAACACUAAAGAAGAAGAAAGACUAGCCAUUGAGCAAAUUAUGUCUGGUCCGUAUGAAGUGCAUCAAGCUUUGGCAGAAGAAUCUGAUGAGCUUGAAGAUGAUAUGGGGUAUAGAAAUCAAGUCAAAGAUAACGGUGGGAGCGUGAAAAGCAAUAAUUUUGACAUUUCAAUCCCAAAGUUUGUAGUGGCGGAAGAGCAAGUUAUUCCAAAGGAAACCAUAUGUUCGACUCAUUUGUUCUCUAAUGGAGGCUUGGAUGAGCUUGAGCCUGCUGAGCUGACAGCACCAUUGUUAUGUGGAAUUCCUGCUCCUGUACCACAGAGGAAACCUCUUAUCAGGUUGAACUUCACUUCCUUAGGGAAAGCAUUGGAUAAAAGUUCUUAAGACACAUCAAAAGCUUAAGCUUCACCAUGCAAGAUAUGUUAUUGUAAAAUAGUAAUUUCUAGCUCCUUGUUUAAUUUUGUAACAAUUUUGGUGAAGGAAAAAACAAUCCUGAGCUAGAAAAGCCCUCAACUUUUAUAUUAUGUGUACAUGAGAAUAUGUUGCACCGGCAAAAUAAAAAUAGAUUAUGUCAACUUUUUCUUUCCCAUGUUCUAUAU